GACAAUAAGAAAAUGACUAAUGGAUAUUUCCAUAAUGAAAAUCUUAAAGCUCUUUCGGGUAACUUAUUUGCUGCUGGUACAGAAACAACUGGAAGCACUCUGUGCUGGGCCAUACUCCUGAUGAUGAAAUACCCAGAAAUCCAGAGGAAGGUCCAAGAAGAAAUUGCAAAGGAGAUUGGGGUUCGUCAGCCAAGGACAGAAGACCGAUUCAAAAUGCCUUACACCAACGCUGUAAUUCAUGAGGUCCAAAGGUUUGCUGAUAUUGUUCCAACUAACUUGCCACAUGCAACCACCAUGGACAUAACUUUCAAAGGCUUCUUCAUUCCCAAGGGCAUGCAAAUUGUUCCUUUGCUAUCAUCAGUGCUCCAUGAUGAAUCUCAGUGGGAGAAACCCUAUAAAUUUUAUCCUGAGCAUUUUCUUGACUCUGAAGGAAAAUUUAUGAAGAGGGAUGCAUUCAUGCCAUUUUCUGCAGGUAAGAGAAUAUGUGCAGGUGAGACCCUUGCCAAAAUGGAGCUCUUCCUCUUCUUUACCAGCCUCCUGCAGAAAUUUACCUUCCAGACACCCCUAGGAAUAUCUAAAGAUGAUCUAGUCCUGACCCCAGCAACUGGGUUUAUAACAUCUGCUAUACCCUAUAAGACCUGUGCCAUUCCAUGUUCAUAAGACACAAGACCUUCAUAACAGCCUUUCUCAGUAUGGGGAAUGUGAUUCUGUAUAAUCUUAAGAGUCUGUCUGAAACUGUACUAUAAUUAUUUGCAUACACAAAAAAUCUAGAUUCUGAGCAUGAAAAGGAUA